GCCACGUUCCCUUUUGGGGUGUUUCAGGUCUGUGGAGAUAGGACCGUGGGGGGAGCCGCGCUGUGGACAGAGUCCUGGGGCCCUGCGGCUGGUCUUCUCCACCCUGAGUCCCACCUGCAAGGGUGCUGGGCACGCGGGGCUGCCGACUUCUCACAAGUGUCCUCAGUGCCCCUCCAUCCCACCGGCCGUGGGCUUCACUAACGCCCAGCCCACCAGCAUCUUUGUCCGAGGCCCCUUCCCGAGGCCCCCGGCGCUCCCCUUGGUCAGGGAACUCUGGAAUUCCUGUUUCUUUAUGUCGGCGGGCACCCCGUGGGUUCCCCUCCGGAACUGUGUGCCUCAGAUGAAGCCCGGAGCACUUAGCAAGUUACAGCAAGAGACGCUGCCGCAGGCAGCCCCGGCUCCCGCCCUAAGCGACAUCCUGGGCCUGGUUCCCCAGAAGGGCCGCCCCCUCAGCCUCACCGGAGACCAGGUGCGGACGCGCCCACGUGGGUCCCGGGCUCCGGAGGCGCGGCCUCGCCGGGAGGUGCUUCCUGACCCCAGCCCGGGCGUGCGCGCGGAGCAACGGCGCCCCCGCGCCCCCGACGUCCGACCCCUCCCCGGCUGUGCGGUGCGCUCUAGGACCCAGCGCCGCUUGGCCCCGCGCCCGGGCGGGCGGGGCUCCUGCAUUGUGACGUCACGAGGAGGCGGGGCUGCGGCGCCGGGACGGACAGACGGACGGAGGACGCGGGACAGACCGGGCGGGGCCGGCGCGGGCGCGGCCGCCGCGGGCUCCGAUGGCGGAGGGUCGCCGGGCAGCAGCGGCGAUGUGGGGGUGACCGCAGCGCGCGACCCGGGAGCCCGCGAGAGCAGCGGGCCCGGGCCAGGCGGACGUCCGUCGGCGGGCCGCAGGUGCUCGGGAUGGAAGCGGAAGGCUUGGACUGGCUGUUGGUCCCCUUGCACCGGCUGGUUUCCUGGGGGGCGGCCGGGGCCAUGGUCUUCGGAGGGGUCGUGCCGUAUAUCCCCCAGUACAGGGACAUCCGGAGGACUCAGAACGCUGAGGGCUUCUCGACCUACGUGUGUCUGGUGCUCCUGGUGGCUAAUAUUUUACGGAUCCUCUUCUGAUAAUAAGGAUGAAGAAAUCAAGGUCCCCCCCAGGCGGUCAUAUCUGGACUUUGACCCUCACCACUUCUGGCACUGGAGCAGCUUUGGGGACUACGUGCAGUGUGUCCUGGCCUUCACGGGAGUGGCGGGCUACGUCACAUACCUGUCCAUGGACUCGGCCCUGUUUGUGGAGACCCUGGGCUUCCUGGCUGUGCUGACUGAGGCCAUGCUGGGGGUCCCACAGCUCUACCGCAACUACCGCCACCAGUCCACCGAGGGAAUGAGCAUCAAGAUGGUGCUCAUGUGGGCCAGCGGCGACACCUUCAAGACGGCCUACUUCCUGCUCAACGGCGCCCCCCUGCAGUUCUCCGUGUGCGGCCUGCUGCAGGUGCUGGUGGACCUGGCCAUCCUGGGACAGGCCUACGCCUUCGCCCGCCACCCCCAGAAGCCAGCCCCCCACGUGGCACACCCCGCCAGCGCCAAGGCCCUCUGAGGUGGCGGGGGGACACGGACGCGUGGCCUCCGCCGUGGGCCCUGGCCCAGGCGCCUGUCGUCCCUGCGUGGCCAAGGGGAUGUCCGGGCCAUCGGGAUCUCGAUCAGCUCUGUGGGUCUCGGGUGGGCUGCCAGGGGCCUGGGGGCCACAUUCGUGCUCCGCCCCGAGGACGCGUGUGAGUGGGCACGAGGCCCCGGGGCUGGGCUGAGGCUGUUUUCCAGGUGACGGAGAAGCAAGUGAUCUCUUCCUUCCUCUCAGAAAACGCCUGUCUGGGACCUGGAAUGUGCUCACAGACCCAGGAAACGGCAGACUUUGGGCUGCUGCGGGACAGGGCGCCAGGAAGCCCCUCCGGGUCUCAGGCCUGCCGGGAGUCCCCGGGGCCUGCAGCCGGGCUGUCGGCAACCCUCGGCCUGGGCGGGUUGGGGAGCAGGGGUGAGCAGCGGCACCAGGAGAGCCCGCGCACCCGGCGCACAGGGCCUGGUCUCAGAAUGGCCCAAACGUGGACAUCCUGGAGAGAGCACGUGCGCGAGGGAGACUCAGAGCAGGGCCCGGGCACAGAGAGUAGGCCUGGGGUUUGUACACAGCUGGUGCUUGUGGGAAGGAAGCCGUGGGGACGCACGUUACAAGUGCUUUUGGUGACCUGCCGGAGUCGGCCCUGUGAGGGUCAUCUUCAGUGCGGCCGCGUCACGGGACUCAGGACUUGGCCCUCAGCUUGGCUGUGGGGCCCAGAGUAUUCCGUGUGUCCACACACCUCAUUUCUGCAUUGGCCGCCUCCUGGGAGAUGCCUGUGUAGACGCCGCUGGCAGCGAGGAGGCAAGCCUGUGUCCGUGCCGGCUGCAUGCUGCCAGAGUGAGCUCAGGGGUGUUGGCACCAGAGCCUAGAGUUCCCCAUGAGUCCUGGGGGUAUGUGGGGGGCACAAGUGGCCCGUGUGUGCCCCCAGGAAAGCUGGGGGCCCAGGACCAGGUCUGUAGGGACACACCCUCCGCCGAGGACAGGCGUACUUACUGGUGUUCCCUCUGGGUUCUGGGAAUCGCACGUGCCUGCAGCCUGCCGCCCUGGACGUCCGUGUUCCAGGACGGGGAUGGCCUGCGAGUCAGGCGAGGGCACGUGUGAUGCAGGUGUCCCCACGCUCCUCGGGCGUGGGGUGACGUGCCAGGGCGGGGCGUCCCUGGCCACAUGCUGUUCCCCCCUCAGUUGUACAGGAGCAUCUCUGCUGUGCCCAGCAGCCCUGGGUGAGCUCCCAGGUUCCGGCGCCUGAGUGUCCCAGCAGCCGUGAGGCUUCCCCUCUGCAGGGCGGAGGGCGGCCCUAGGGCGGGUGUGCGGGGGCAGCGCCGCUGUCCUGCUGUUCCAGCUGCUGCCUCCUCCUGAGCUUUGCUCACAAACGCCUGAAUGUUUGAGUGAGGGUCCUGCUUAGUCACUUGGGCUGUAAGAUGCUUUGAAAAUGUUUAUUUUUAAACACAGGGAGUGUCAGUAGCCGUAAUUGCCUCCAGAUUGAAGUGUCUCCCUCUGACUGCGGCCGUGCGGCAUGUGCCCAGCAAGGGGAGCACUCGGGGUCUCUGCGCUCUGACUUUAACCCAAUAAACCGCUUGCGGAUC